UAUAAGGGGAUAUCUAUAAGCCUUUGUUAACUUGGUUUUCGCUUACAGGUCCUGCACCAGUGAAGCCAGUCCACUUCGACCUUCAGAGUGACUGCAUAUAUAGAAGCUAGGUGUUGGAAGAUGAAAAAGACAACAGUCUUCGUUUUUGGGAUAUUCCUCGCCGUAUUGUUCCACCUCAGCACUGCGGUUGACAGCGAUGUCGCUGCGUCCAGAGUGAAGCGGGGUUUACCACGAUGGAUAAACCGUGCAAUCCAAGCUGUGCCAGCGUAUUGUGCCGCCACUGCUGGGGCAGCUGCGGGUCGGAUGCGAAGGGCUUACUAUGACAUGAGGCGAGCAAACUGGCAAAACUGCGACAAAUAUUUCCACUGCAGAGGCAACUAUGAGGCUGGACGUUUAGGUUAUUGUGGUAAACUUACGGCAAAGGCUAUCAGUGAGGCCAGGGAAUGGGCGCAGAGUGGUGGAUCUCACGGCUCAGAUAGUGCCGAGGAUAGGGUGGCAAACGACUACGGCAGAGCAGGGGGAAACUGCGUUCAGAGAUAUAUUCUUGGUACUAGAAAUACGCGUCAGGAGUGCAGUCUUCCACGACGUUUGUGGUAAAAAAAAUCCGCAGACUGUAACCCCAAUACCACGUCUAAGCCUUUAACCUGUGCUAAUCAUAUGGGACCCUGGACUUCCAUUCUUAGGACUCCAAUUCGUUCCACACCGGUGUGACGUGACAGAGAGUCCCCAUGACAGAGAGUCCGGUCCCCAUUAAUUUGCACAGGCAAGCCUCGCCCUAGAUUUUGACCCACUCGCGUCAGGCUAACCCUAACUGUUAUAUAAUUAAAUGGAGGGUGGACUCUCUGUUACAUGGACCCUCAGUUUCUUCACACCAACAUACUGCAAAAAAAAAAAAAAAAAAAAAAAAAAAAA